UGUUUGGCUGUUAGAUAUUGUCUUCUCCAUAAACAGUGUCACGUCAAUAAUGUCGAUGACAGUCUCAUCACGUAUCAAGAAUCAAUGCCGAUGUUUGCCGCAUGAAAUUGGUAUAAAAGCAAUGGUGGAGGUGCAGGUGGCAUCAAUUGUCUCAACUACCAUUCAGUGUGAAGUAUCAAGUUGUACGAAUCAUCAAAAAAUCAUCAACAUGCAAUUCUUCGCUAUCGUUCUCCUGGUGAUAGCCUCGGCGGCAGUCACCCUGUCGAAGCCAACCGAGGCCGAGUCUCUGGAGCCACUGAAGUCAGUAUCAAUUACUCGAGAGACACCAGUUGUACCCCGUGACAAGCGAGGACUCUUGUUCGGUGGUGCAUACACAGCUCCAGUUGCAUACACCUCAGCAUACAGAUCACCAGUGGCUUACACAUCGUCAUACAGCUACGGAUACCCCUACGCCUACUCUGCAUACCCCUAUUACGCCUCAGCCUAUACCGCCCCCUACUACUUGGCCUAGAUUCCAACAAUUCAAUUUUUUUUUUCUUCCUCAUCUCCCCCUCACUCAAUUCGUACUAUUUCAACAAUGGGGUAUUGACUGACUUCUUCGUCCAAUAUAUUCGCCAUCCCUCCAAUAUACAUCUACAGCUCUCUGUCGUACACCGGGAUAUACCACCCCAUACCGAGAUGCACGUCACCAACGAGUGAGAAAAAACGACUCAAUUGACUUAUCGAUUUAUGUACUCGAGCGCAUUGUCAUGGAUUUAUUCCCCAUUUGUUUUUCUUUUUUCAUAUACGUAUUUUUUUUCUUUGUGAAAUUUUUUUUUCGUGUGAAGAGUAAAUAAAGCAAAUUUCCAUAAA